AUGAUUNGAGCCCACAACGGCGUCAAAGAGGAGCCAAACGACGUGAGUCGAGUCGACUGCGGGGUCUCGUCGCCCGACACGAUGACAAUGAACGGCAACUCUCAGGCAAACAAAGACAACUCGAAAGCGAAUUCCGCGGAAAUGUCGGCCACUUCGCCGCAGAUGACAAAAGUGUUCACUCGUGAGGACGAUUUGGUGGCCUCUUAUAGCGAUUUGGAACAGAUAUUCGACACGUCGUCCGGCGAGGACAGCAACGACGAGCCCUUCCAGGCGCCGCUCACGCCGUCCGGUCUUUCAAACGCGAGAAUCACUAACAACUCGAACACCACUUCCACGACUGCUUUGGACGAGCCCUCCAAGUCGUCCAACAAGAACUCGUCGACGAGUAUAGCGCUAGGAGUGGCCGAACUGACCCGUAUGUUCCCCACACCGCCCUCUCUCGAACAGACUAUGGCCUCCUCGCCCUGCAUCGGACCCGACAACACACUCAUCGACUCCGUGUCCGACAUGUAUCCGUGCAGUCCUAAUAUGUUCGAGAACUCGAAGGACUGGUCGUAUGUGUACAAACCCCCGGUGCAGAGCCAAGUGAUAGCGUCCAACAAAUACGCUCCGUUACCUAAUAUUCCAAAUCUGCCGGCAAUUCCGAAAGAGUGUAAAUACGAGCAAACAGUGCCAUCACUGCCAACGCCGGCCACCGCUCAGGUGAACCACAACGGGCCGCAAACGGCCGGUCCAACCAAACCA